GGAACGGAAGAACAAAUAAAGCUGAUUCCCUUCGGGCAGGUCCGAACCCUAGAAUUCUCUUCAAUUACUUAAAUUUCCCGCAUUUUCUCUGUGAAUUAUUUCUCUGUGUCUCUUGUUCGCAGUAAUUUUUGGUUCCUGUCAACUCUUCUUGAGCGAUUGGGUCUGAGUGCUUUUAGAUUUUAAUAUUUUUCCUUCGAAAUCUCCGAGUUUUAUUUAGUCCGAGGAGGAAAAUCGUGACCUUGAUUUCUGAGGCUUUUGAAUUUUUUUGUUUUUGUUUUUUCGAGUAGAAAUUUUAGAUCUGAAGGAGAGAUGGGUCUUAGGGUUUGGUGGUUGGAGUAUCUUAAUUAGGAUUUUGAGUUGCAGUGUUUCGCAGAGAGUGUCUCUUGUGUUUUUCUUUUGGGUUGGGAUUGGUCCGAGGCGUUGUUACUUAGCUCUGAUUGUAGGAAUUUUUUUUUUCUGUGAAGAAGUUUGAUAUGCAGUGACUGGGGAGGCGUCAGAGAUAUAUCUGCGCUGCCAAUGCCAUUUGUUUCGUUUUUGGAGAAUUUUUCGGUGCUUUUUGAGAUACCGAAAAACUUAAAGUUAAAGCUCAAUGUCUUGGGCAGGCCCGGAAGAUAUUUAUCUAUCCACUUCUCUUGCCAAUUAUCUCGAUAAAAAACUUCUUGUAUUGCUGCGAGAUGGCAGAAAGCUCUUGGGAAUACUCCGUUCUUUUGAUCAAUUUGCCAAUGCUGUCCUUGGGGAUGCAUGUGAGAGAGUAAUUGUUGGGGAUCUUUAUUGUGACAUCCCGUUAGGCCUCUAUGUAAUCCGUGGGGAAAAUGUUGUUCUAAUUGGCGAGCUGGACUUGGAUAAGGAGGAACUUCCCCCACGUAUGUCUCGUGUCUCAGUGCCUGAGAUUAGAAGGGUAAUUGCCUUUUUUCUUUUUCUCUUUUUAUAUUUUUUCUUGCCUCACAACUUUAGUGACGAUAAUGACACUGUGAUAAAGAUAGCACAAGCUGUCACUCAAGGACCGAGCUUGUCCGCUUACUUGCCACUCCAAUGUAUCUCAUUUUUAAAGCAUAUAAUCUACUGAAGUGUCACCUUUUUAGUUUUUCAUAUUUUUUAGCAUUGUACUGGGUUACUAGAUCUACUUUCCACUUGGAGGAUGAACAGUGAAAAACAAACAAAUCAACAAAAAACAGAAAUUAGAAAUUAUAAACAGUUCAAAAGGCGCCUUGCAGUGCUCUUAAAAUCUGCGGGUAGCAAUGCAAGAAAUUCUUGUGGGGGGUGUGACUACUAUUAAGGCCCCUGGGGUAGUCUAUAGCAGUCUGCUAAUCAGUCUGCGCACUUGUUUUCCUCUGAUAUGUGAUUUAUUGAGUCGCAACUGUGCCACACUAAAUCCAUGCAUGCUUGGAUAAAAUUUGUCUUAUGUAAUGUUUGGAAGCAUUGAUUUCGAGACCUAUAUUUGAAUUUUUUGGAUUUGAAUGCAAGUCAAUAUAAUUUUAUACUAUAUUUUGCCCAUAUUGUGUAAAGCCAAGUUCAAGUUACAUGCUCCCGAACCCAGGUUCAGUGUUUUUCUUGAAGAACGGGCUGGUUGAUAUCUUCAGUAACUAGUAAAAGAAUCUGUACUGAUGACUAUUUUUCUAUGUCCUGAAUUUUCCCAGGCUAAUUGCAAGCCCUGUCUGAUAGCCCACACUUAAGCAAACAAUAUAUGAAAGUAAUCACUUUUUAAAGUCCAAUUAGAGGAGCUAUUCAAUGUUUAUUGGCCUAACAGCAACAUUGAAACAGAUUGAAGUAAUUGGAUUAGAAGCAACAUUGAUGGGAAUCUUAUUUACGUAAUCAAAUUUGAACAAAAACCUUUGUUGAAUAUGUAUAUGGAAUUACACAAAGUUUAACAAACAAACAAAAAAAUAGUAUAAAAAGCAACAAGAAACAAGAGAAGGAAAUUAAUUGAAUAGUAUAUAAUUGGGGAAUUACCCAAUUAUGAUUUUUUUAGCUGUUAGAUGAUUGUUUUAAGAGGAGUUGUAAUUUAUUACAUGGUUUUGUACUAAAUAGGAUAGGAAGCGUGAGAGAGGACGUGUCAUGUGGUAAAUAUGUUAUCUUCCAUGUCCAGUGUACAGUGGGGUAGGGACAGUUGAUAGUAAAUAGCAUUUAUUUUCUGUAAAUGAUAGGUGAUGAAUAAGAAACUUUGUUCCUCAAGAUUUAUGACUUAUUUUGUAUGCAAGAACGGAAUGAAAAUUCAUCUUUAUGAUUUUACAUAUUUUGUCAUAUGAAUUUUCAUUUCCUUUCUCUCAUCUCAUUCCAUACUAAGCAUUGUGUUGGAUGAUUUAUACUUCAGUUGGUGGAGUUUUGGACAUUUGAAUUGUGCCUCAGAGUUGCAGGAUGCAUAUUUUUCUUUUGUUCUGUCUUCUUGACAAUGGCAUGUUAUUAUAUUGUCUAUAGGCACAGAAAGCAGAAAGGGAGGCUACAGAUCUCAAAGGUUCAAUGAGAAAGAGGAUGGAGUUCCUCGAUUUGGAUUGAUGUAGAGUUUUGACAUCCAGUUCUCGUUGUUUUCCGCUAGGUCUUACCAAUGUUGCCUGCAAAUAUUAUCGCGGUUUAUUGGUGCUGGGAGGUGUGAUGUGGCCGAAGGUUUUUUGUUCUCUCUCCCUCUCUCUCUCUCUCUCUCCCUGCAUAAAUUUCUGUAACAUUUAUAAGGAAUUUAUCUGAAAAUGUUGGAAUGAUGGGGCUUGAGUUUUGUGUUUAGUAUUUCAAAUGCCGCAUUGGUGCUUAUUCUCAAUGUGGUACCAUCAGAAGUUACGUGCAAAGUCAGUAGAAGCCCCAUUGCCGUGUAUUGGGAUUGGAAUCUCCAUUUAUUUCCAUUGUUUGGUUGUUCAGAAUGAAGUGGGAAUCAUGAUUCUUUCGAAA